AGGGAGAGGGGUGAACCUCCUGGAAGACAUAAAUAGGCGAAAGAGAACUUGGAGGCUUGCAGUCACUCCUCUCGACAGCCACAUCCAUCGCUCUCCUCUCCUCUUCUCCUCACCUGCAGCCCUCCUCUCCACUCAUCUGCUGCAGCCCUCCAUUCAUCUGGAACCCUGAGCUACACCAGUUCUUCAUCCAACCUGACAUCAGCCCUCACUAUCAUGGACACCACAAGGAAAAUGCUCUCCAUCUGUGAGGCACUCUACCACCUUAUCGUCAUGAUGCUGACACUGGGCCAAGGAGUUCAUUGCAUGCCUGUUCCUACUGACGUCCCCAUGUGCACAGCCCCAGACACUGCCCAGUACAGGCUAACGUUCUCCGGCAAGUGGACCCAGGCAGCUUUCCCUAAACAGUAUCCUGUCUACCGCCCCCCUGCACAGUGGUCAAACCUCAUUGGGGUGACCCACAGCUCUGACUACCACAUGUGGCAGCGUAAUGAGUUUGCCAGCAAUGGAGUGAGGGAGUUUGCAGAGAAAGGCGAGGCCUGGACGCUCAUGAAGGAAGUCGAGGCGGCCGGCGAACGCAUCCAGAGCGUUUAUGGGGUCCUCUCUGCUCCCGCUGUUAUGGGAGGCACAGGCCAGACGAACACUGAGUUCGAGGUCUUUGCCAGGCACUCCUAUCUGUCGUUUAUCGUGCGUCUCGUUCCAAGCCCAGACUGGUUUGUGGGUGUGGAGAGCAUUGACCUGUGUGACGGGGACCACUGGAAAGAGAAUGUGUCGCUUGACCUUUUCCCAUAUGAUGCAGGAACUGACAGCGGGUUCACCUUCUCUUCACCAAACUUUGAGACCAUCCCACAGGAUAAAAUCACACAGAUCACUUCUUCCUCACCUAGCCACCCCGCUAACUCCUUUUACUACCCCCGCCUGAAGCAUUUGCCACCCAUCGCCAAGGUAAUGCUGACCAAAGUAAAGAAGACCAAUCAGAUCAUCAGCCUGCCUGUCGAACCCACCCAAUCCAACCAACUGCCAACAGGGAACGAGAUCGAGGACACGCUCAUAAAUACCCCUCUGGACUGUGAGGUGUCAGUGUGGUCUCCUUGGGGCUUGUGCAAAGGCAAAUGCGGAGACUCAGGCGUGCAGCACCGCACACGCUACAUCAUAAUGCACUCAGCCAACAAUGGAUUAGCCUGCCCCCUGCUGGAGGAAGAGAGGAAGUGCUUCCCCGACAACUGUUUAUGACUAGGCCAGGAGAGGAGGGAGAAGAAAGAGCGCAAGGAGAGGAGGGAGAAGAAAGAGAGGAAGUCCAGGAAAGGGAGGAAAGGACGAAGGCGGAGAAACAACAACAAGAGGUCUGCGGUGUAUUCACAUGAGGCAUAAAUAUGAUGACUCCCUUAUUUCCUCCCUGACUACGCCAUCCAAGGAGAUGACUGAUGUACUGUUUGAUUAUCUGAGUGUUUAACUGCAGAGGAAAUCUCAUCCUCAAGUCACAUUGAUAAAUCUGACAGCACGAGUGAGGUGUAGUUUGGCAAACCGCUAUUAGACACCGACUCAGUUUUGGCAGAUUAUCAAAAUUGUCUGGGGAACAGAACAAUGCUGUUCUAAACACAGCCUUUAACUGAAAUAAAACUGAAAUAUAAA